CCCCGGCUCGGCAGGGACCCCGCAGCUGAAAGGGACGGGGCUCCCUCCCUGUCCCUUUCGUCGCUUCUCCGUCUUUGUCCGGGUGUUCCCCCCCGGUUCUGCCGCGUCCCCGCUGGCGAACAAAGCCUCUGCCCCGGGGGCGGCGGGGACAUCCGUCCGAGGUCCGAGGAAGCAAGGAAGGAACGGCGGGGCUUGGCUUUGCUUGGUUUGGUUUUCCGUCGUCAAUAAUCUACCUGGUGGAGGGCAAGACGUGGGACAAGGCUCUUUGUCCACGAUCCUUUGUUCGGCUGGUGGCUUGUAAAGGCUCCUGCGGCUGUGCGAGGGCUGCCGUGCCCGGCGGGGAUGGGUUCCCGGGGCUGAGCCGGCGAUGGAUGCCGUCUCGGCAUCGCUGGAGUUUAGCAACAGGAACCCGGCGUUACGGCGGAUCGGCUUGCAGACGGAAAUCGGGGGUUUGGGCUCGGUCUCCCCUGACAGAUUUAGAGCUCCUAAGUCCUCCCUCGUGUAGCCCUGUCAGCAGCUGGGUGGCAUUCGGCGGCGCCCGGAGCCCCGCGCUCGGUGACAGAUGUGAAAUGUUGAGUGUCACUAGUUUUCUACGUCAAGUUGAACACGGCCUGAAAAGUCAAAAUUUAUCUGGUUCACUCAAAUUAGUGUCAUUUUAACCAUCCUGUAGAAGAGAAAUAUGAUGCCAAACAGAAGUAACCUCUCCUCCUUCCAGAAUGCUGGAUCAGAUUCCAGUAAGAUUAUGGCAGACUAUAGCCACUCACAAAAACAGAUGGAAUUACAAAAUGCUAAUUUGGGAAAGGGUUCUGUGGCGAAUUCCCUUGAAAAUGGUCUCCAGGAUAUUAUGGAAAACGUCAACACGAAGAAAUAUUCAUCAACUCUUAAAUUUAAAACAAAUGGGGACUAUGCUGGCUCUUAUUUAACCCUUUCACAACCUAUGCCAAUUAAACCUAAUCCUUCCUCCAGUGUUAAAAAUACACACUCUAUUAACAAAAUUCAAGGAGGCAAGCAGUUCCCCUGUGAAAGCCCGUAUCUUCCAGAUAAAAGCAUCUCUGUAAAACAUUUGGGUUCCAUAUCAGGCAUGUCUCCAUCCCUCAGUGGGUAUAGUUCAGGAAGGACAGAUUUUGAUAUUCAUGCCAGCAGAGAAAAUGAAAAAUCCCUUGGACACAUGGAUAAGUUUAACUACUCAAAGUACAGUCAGAGAAAUAAAUCUUAUGACAACAUCUACUUCCCAGGAAUGCUGGAGUCAAAGAAGAUCUCAGGCUCUCUCCUGACUAUGUGGAAUGGAAGCUCGGGGAACGAGCUGGUGCUCUCACCUGGUAGCAAUUCUGGGGCAGCCAGCAUGCCUUCCAGCCCAAAGCAAGGCAGGAGAAUGAAUGCUGAAAACAGUCUGGCCCUACACGUAAAGCCACUUAAGUACAAGGAUGUGAUGAUGGAAACUCUGGGUUCACGGCCUAGGAAAUACUCUGGUGGAUCUCUAAGUCAUAUGGGAAUGUACAGCCGUUCCCUACCCAGACUGUAUAAAUCAACAGAAAACCAGCUGGUGCCAUUAAGUUUGCCCCCCAGAAGCUCUCUGGGUAAUAGUAAAAGGAAAAAACUUGGAGAAAAAGAUCUACCUCAGAAUGCUUUCGAUGCUGAUAAUUACCUGAAUUUUUCUUCUUGCAGCUCAGGGGUUUUACCACAUGCAAACUCUGUCUCUGGGAGUAAUCCCUAUGUCAGUUCAACUCUUAGUGUUCCUGCAAGCCCUCGAAUUGCUAAAAAGAUGCUUUUAGCACCUUCUUCCCCGUAUCUCCCCGAUGAUUUUGAUAGACUUGGACUCUCAGGAACAAGUCCCAGUAGUUCUUUCUCCCCAGUGGAUUUUGACAGGUCAUUCUCUGUCCGAAGAAACCUUUCCACCAGUUCCAUGGAACUUGAUGACCCAGAUCUGGAAACUUACAGACAGACACCAAAUUCUCUGCAAAUGUCCAUGCGAGAGCGGAAGAACAGCAUUAGCUCAAUUUCAGGAAGGGAAGACCUCAUGGACUAUCACAGGAGGCAGAGGGAAGAGCGACUUCGGGAGCAGGAGAUGGAACGGCUGGAACGACAGCGGCUUGAGACAAUCCUCAGUCUGUGUGCAGAAUACUCCAAAUCUGACAGCGACCCUGCUGCAGCUACUACAGUUGCUGAUGUUCAAAAAAUUAACAAAGAACUCGAAAAACUUCAGCUCUCUGAUGAGGAUUCCGUGUUCGAAGACUCCCAGAUGAAUCUGGAAACGAGGUUCAGAAGCCACUUGAAAUCAUCUGCAAGCGACUCGGAUUUCUCGGAGCUGAGCAGCCACAGCCGUGGCACUGCUGCUUACCUGCCCUCGCGAGGGCUGAGAGCUGAUGAGCACUUCAAUGAAGGCACCAAGCCCCUGCCUUUUGCUGCUCCCAGCUUCCUGAAGGACACCACCGAGUCAUCCUACCUAAGCAUCACACCAAAGAUACCAGAAUGCACCAGUGAAGAGCAGAGAAGGCAGGAGCUUGGUCAACUGGAGGAGGAGCGCAUAGUAAUACUGAAUAACUUGGAAGAACUUGAGCAGAAGAUCAAAGAUUUAAAUGACCAGAUGGAUGAGUCCUCAAGAGAGUUGGAUAUGGAAUGUGCCCUUUUGGAUGGGGAACAGAAAUCUGAAACAACAGAGCUGCUGAAAGAGAAGGAAAUAUUGGAUCAUCUAAACAGAAAAAUAGCUGAACUGGAGAGAAAUGUUAUUGGUGAAAAGACAAAGGAAAAAUUAAAACUUGAUGCUGAGAGGGAAAAACUAGAGAGGCUUCAGGAGCUUUACUCCGAGCAGAAGACGCAGCUUGAUAAUUGCCCUGAGUCCAUGAGGGAACAGUUACAGCAGCAGCUGAAGAGGGAUGCUGAUAUUCUGGACAUAGAAAGCAAACACUUUGAAGAUUUAGAAUUUCAGCAGCUUGAACACGAAAGCAGGUUAGAUGAAGAGAAGGAAAAUCUGACACAACAGCUCCUGCAUGAAGUAGCUGAAUAUCAGCGCAGCAUUGUCAGUAGAAAGGAAAAGAUUUCUGCUCUCAAAAAACAAGCCAAUCAUAUUGUCCAACAAGCACAAAGAGAACAAGAUCAUUUUGUAAAAGAGAAAAACAACUUAAUAAUGAUGCUGCAAAGGGAAAAAGAAAAUCUCUGUAAUCUGGAAAAGAAAUAUUCCACACUUUCCGGAGGAAAGGGAUUUCCUGUCAGUCCCAAUAGUCUGAAAGAGGGCUAUAUCAGUGUAAGUGAAAUUAGUGAGCUGUAUGGCAAUUCCACGAAUAUAUCCCCUUCCACUCAGACCCCCUCAGAUGUUGAAGCAGUUGCCACUGAGCCUUCCACGGCUGUGCUGACGAGCCAGCCACAAAAUAAAGAGCUAAGAUCACCUCUCUGUUCUGGAUUUGUGUUUCCUCACUCUCUUUCUCCUCGCUCUAUUGCUCAACUUCCAUCAGUCCAUUGGCCUGAGGUCAUGGCUACUCAUGUAGAUCCUAUUCCUUUAUCUGAUACACCUCCACCUCUGCCAGCUAAGAAACACCGCAGGCAACAACAGCAUUUCAGAAAUCUGGAGGAGCGCAAGAAGCAGCACAGGGAGUGCACGUACCUGAGCGAUACUUUACCCCGCAAGAAAACUGCCCCGUCUGUGUCUCCCCACUUCAACAGCGCCACGCUGGGACGCAACAUCACAAACAAAGGACAUUUACCAUUAGGACAGAGCAACAGCUGUGGCAGUGUACUUCCUCACUGCCUGGCAACCAUGACCAAAGACUCGGAGUCGAGAAGGAUGCACAAAGAAGCAAUUAGUCAUUCCAAAGGUUCGAGCAUGAAAGGGUACAACCAUCAGCGCAUCUGUGAAAACCAAAGGCAGAAGUCUCCAGAAUUCUACAGCAGAACAGCAUCAGAAUCCAAUGUGUAUUUGAACAGUUUCCAUUACCCAGAUCGUAGUUACAAGGACCAUGCCUUUGAUACAUUAAGCUUAGACAGUUCUGACAGUAUGGAGACAAGCAUAUCAGCGUGCUCACCAGAUAACAUUUCCAGUGCUAGCACUUCAAACGUUGCAAGAAUAGAGGAGAUGGAGAGACUUCUCAAACAAGCGCAUGCUGAAAAGACUCGGCUUCUUGAGACCAGGGAACGGGAGAUGGAAGCUAAGAAAAGAGCCCUGGAAGAAGAAAAACGCCGCAGAGAGCAACUGGAGAAAAGACUGGAGGAAGAAACAAGCCAGAGGCAAAAACUAAUUGAAAAGGAAGUCAAAAUACGUGAGAAACAAAGAGCACAGGCCCGUCCCUUGACUCGCUAUUUGCCUGUUAGAAAGGAAGACUUUGACCUACGAAGUCACAUUGAAACAGCUGGGCACAACAUAGAGACCUGUUACCACAUUUCUCUCACAGAGAAGACCUGCCGAGGCUUUCUGAUUAAAAUGGGAGGAAAAAUUAAAACAUGGAAAAAACGGUGGUUUGUUUUUGACAGAAACAAGAGAACUUUUACUUAUUAUGCAGACAAACAUGAAACUAAAUUAAAAGGUGUAAUAUAUUUCCAAGCUAUUGAAGAAGUCUAUUAUGAUCAUCUAAAGAAUGCAUAUAAGAGUCCCAACCCAUUGCUGACUUUCAGUGUUAAGACCCAUGACCGCAUCUACUACAUGGUUGCUCCUUCUCCAGAAGCCAUGAGGAUCUGGAUGGAUGUCAUUGUUACAGGCGCAGAAGGCUACACCCACUUCAUGUUGUAAUAAAAGGGGAGCGAUAGGGCAUCCUGCAAUAACUAAUGAAGUUAGCCAUACCUAGUGACAGCUGAAAAGCCAGUGAAUACCCUGAAAUGUCCUCCUUAUGAUGUGCACCUGAAACCUCAGAUUGAGAGGGGGUUAAAAAUGCAUUGAAAAGGGAGGCUUGUUACCUGUUUUAGUUGAUUUUAAUAGGAAUGAACAAGCUAAAGCUGUUGAGAGAAUCACAGUGCUCCAAAAUGGAUAAUCAGGCAAUUUUAAUUACAGCAUCUUGAUUGAAUGAUAAGUUUCUAUAAAUUCUCUUAUACAGAGAAUGUCUUCAUAAACUUACACUGAGCAGUUUACAAGUAUGUGUGUUCUCAUUGGUAUGCAAAAAUUCUAGUUGUGAAACAAAAAGGUGUACUAAGCAUAUAUUUUAAUAUGCAACAUUUGACAUUUGUAGAUAAUUAGGUGACUUUUUAAAACUUUUAGUCAAGUAUUUUAUAAAAAUACAAACAAGGAGUAGCCCUAAGGUACACACAGUUCUUGCCUUAGUAGUUAAGUGUUACAACAGAGCCAAAGAGUUAUACAAUUCCCUUAUGUUUUCAUAUUGUUAGUUGUACCUAACUUUCUGUAAGGGGACAGUGCCAAAACUCUUAAUGACCUUUAAUGUAAUUAAAUUGUUAUGAUAUUCUGUGUGUUCAAGCACUUAGUGGCAACAACUGUAUGUUUAAAGUUUGCAUCUAUGGAGCUCCACAAAAAAAAAAAAAAAAAGAAAAGAGAAGAGAAGGAUAGCUUUAUAAAGAUGCAUUUUUUUCCACAAGGAUGAGAAAUGGAAACACAUGUAUUAACUUCCUCAUAAAGAGGGGUUUUUUUCAUCUUCCCUGUUGAAUAGAAUAAGCUGAUUCUGGACCCUACAGCAAUCUUCUUUCAUGUAGUAAGGUCCCAGUGUGGUUCUAAUCUUACUCUUUGCCAAGUGAACGCUCUAUUGAAAUAUCUGAAACAUUGCCUGCCUUGAAGCCAGCACCAAAAUCUCUACCUAUCUGAAUUCUUUGGAGCCAAGCUUUCAGUCACAGAGAGUUGUUUUGUUGUUUAAUGUAUAUCUGCACAGAAUAAUGCUGUCUAAUAUAAUAAAAAGAGAGAGGUGAGUUCUAAGAGUUUACACUAAGCAGUGUAUGAAUAAAAACCCCCGAAAGUUUGAAGUAGUAGGGAUUGAGAUUCCUAAAACGGCAAAAAUACUGAGGGUGCAGUGGUCUCCCAUUUUAAAAUCACCUCCAAGUCCUGGAGUAAUAUUGCAAAAAUAUAAAUUAUUUAAUUGAAAUGAACUUCAAGAAAGUCUCAUAUUAUGACCUUAAAGGGGUUCUAUUUCAGUAAUCAAAACUUACACGCUCUGUGGUUUGUGUACUAGAAGAAAGCACAUUAACCUUUUUUUUUUUUUCCCCUUGAUGAAAAGUUAAUGGUUUUUGAUUAAACAAAUAAACUGAAAACAGAAUAGAAGUAUGCUGGCAGAAUAUUUUUGUUAUACUUCUAAAACCCUGUAACUGUAAUGAACAGGUUUGUGGUAUACACAGGUGAUGUGGUUGUUCUAGCAUGACAAACAUCAGUUUCGACUUGAAUCAUAAAAGAAGAGACUGUUGUUGCAAGAUAAUUGUUAUCAUCUGUGCAGAUCACAGCCUGUAAUCUAUAAUUUAAAACACUAUCAGAAAUAAAUUGCUUUUGUUUAUACAGUUAUUAUUUUUCCCUGAUGUAUCUUGAUUUUAUUCCUAAGUAUAGUUAUAAAGGUUUUCUAAUAAUGAUUUUUGUAUCCUGCAUGAUGCAAUGAAGGCAUUUCAAUAAACAUUUUUAAAAAUA